UUGACCCAAGUAAAAGGUAUACAACCCCACGUAGCAUCUCUAAAAAACUCUAGCAGCCUGGGUCAUUUGUGUGGAGCUACCAUCCUGUCUCAGACCUCCGCGCUGACUGCGGCGCACUGCGUGACCAAAGAUGUAGAUCAGUACCUGCUGCAGCUGAAUAACUACUGCUCACAUGGUGACGUGCCGCCCAAAGCUGACGUUUUGCAGAUUAUCAAACAUCCUCUUUAUAAUCCGAUCACAAGAGCGCAUGACGUGGCUGUGCUACGGAUCGCGCUAAAUCUCAGUGACGUCACCUGGCUUUCCCGCUCCCUGUUGCCCACAUACACCUUCGGACUAUCAGGAGAAUGCACAAUAUACGGGUAUGGCUACAAAGAAGUGGACUCAGGAGCCACAUCGGAGCGGUUGUCAGCCGGCACUCUGCGCAUAGUCUCUUUGGACGAGUGCACGGCGACAUUGGGCCCGUACGCAGCGCCCCGACAUGACAGCGGCAUGAUGUGUGCUGUUGGCGAAGGCGUCGACGCCUGCCAGGGUGACUCGGGUGGUCCUCUGUUCUGCUCGGGCAGUAUCCAAGCAGUGAGCAGUCACGGCAUCAGUUGCGCCGUGCCGGGCCUGCCAGCAGUUUACACCAGCAUAGGUCCACAUCUACAAUGGAUACGAGAACUUAUACAGAAUGAUUGA